UUUCUCAAUCACAAGAAAAAACACGUGGUUCAUCACUUCAUGCAUCACAAUAUUAGAACUCCGUUGAAGGGUGUGCCUUGAUCGUCGUGGAACGAUUUCCAAUCUAGUGUUCAGUUUGAUUACCAAUUUUUCAUUUUUUUAUAGCCCUGUUGUUACUGUUUUGAUAAAUAGUUCCUAUUUAUAAGUCCUGUUGAUUUAUUCGAGAAGGAUGGAGGCUCAAAGAUUGAGUAAUUGCGUUGAUGUACCUUUGACAGACGAUAGACUUGAGGAAGUUGUUGACAAGGCCAAGGAUUUUGCUCUGAUGAAUGGGCUGUGUAUGCAUUGGAAGCAGAAUUUCGAUAGAAAUCGAGUGCAGAUAGCCAAGUUUACUUUACUUCCAACCGCAUUUCCCGCUAGGGAAUUCUCUAAAGCCAAAGACAUACAGCCCAUCGUCAAUAAGCUGAUUCACAAAGUCGCCUAUGAUCAUGAGUUUCUCGUGGGGGCGUUGGAAAGAACGAUUGAAGCUGAUGAACUGACCUCUGAAUUGUUUAAAAUAUAUAAAAUUGUUCAUCAGGAAGGCUUCGCUCAGAAAGUCAGUGUGGGGCUUUUACGAUCAGAUUAUAUGUUGAACAGCGACUCAAAGAUAAAACAGGUAGAAGUAAACACAAUUGCCUCGAGUUUUGCUGGGUUAUCUGAAGUUGUCACACAAUUACAUAAAUAUGUUCUUGGAGAACUGGGCUCCAUUGAUAAAACUGUCAAUCUUCCAGAGAACCAUUCCGCGACUGGUCUUGCUGAGGGGCUAGUGGAUGCCUGGAGUUUCUAUAACAAUGAAGAGGCUGUGAUUUUAUUCGUUGUGGAAGAAAUAACCUACAACAUUUGUGAUCAAAAGGCUCUUGAAAUAGCCAUUCGUCGUAAGAAUCCCAAAAUCCGGGUGAUUCGCAGAAGUUUCAAAUAUCUAAUUGAAAAUGCACAACUGCGACCUAAUAAAGAGCUGAUUGUAGAAAACGAUUUAGUGUCAGUUGUGUAUUAUCGAACUGGAUAUGAAACAUCUGCCUACCCCACCGAUAAAGAAUGGGAGGUGAGAUUGCUAAUCGAACGCUCGCGUGCCAUCAAAUGUCCCUCGAUACAAUAUCACCUGGCUGGCACAAAAAAGGUCCAGCAAGUUGUAUCACAGCCAGGAGUUUUAAGAAAAUUCCUCAGCGAAACUGAAGCUGCAAAACUUCAAGAUACUUUUGUGGGACUGUAUUCCCUCGAUUUCAACAAAAAUGGAGAGGAAGUAGUGAACAUGGCUCUCUCUAAUCCCAGUCAAUACGUCCUGAAGCCACAACGUGAAGGUGGGGGUAACAAUGUCUACGGAUUAAACGUGAAGACAAAAUUAGAAUCCAUGAGGAACUCGAAGGAGCGUACAGCCUGGAUCCUCAUGGAGUUGAUAAAAACUUCUCUUCAGAAGAACUAUUUAAUCUCCCCCGAUCUCGCCAAACCCUCUCUCCAGGAUUUUGUCUCUGAACUGGGGAUUUACGGAGUAAUCCUUGGAGACAACAAUGACAUCAAGAUAAACCGACAGGUUGGUCACGUGAUACGAACAAAGCCGUUUGGAGAGGACGAGGGAGGGAUAAUUGCUGGGGCGGGCGCCCUUGACACCCCCUAUUUGCAGCAAUGAGCCGUGCAUUUUUAUUUUUAAUUAAGCAUGAAAUCAAAAUAUUUUUAUUGCAUAAAUGAUGAAGGCGAACAGAUGUCUAAUGCAAAGUUACCCAUAACUCAUCCACAAAAAAAUGUUAUGUUCUUAAUAGAAAAUAUUUUUGCAUAAACGGGAUCACUCCCCGAAUAACAA